GCUCGGUAUCCUAGCAAAAGCAAACGCUAGCUUCUUCCGGCUGGAGGUUUUCUGCAGUUUUCUGAGGUUUUUUUUUUUAUUAUUUAUUUGUGUUUGUUUACUUGUUUGUAUGUUUUCCCGCCUCCAUGACGGACCUCUCGCUUGACACCCAAAACAAGCCGCUGUGCGUUCUGUCUGCCUUCAGUUACAUCCCAACACGACGAACUGAAGCGAAAGAAAUGUCCUACUUUAACAGAGACCCAAAGGAAAAGGCCAGACCAGUCCCGGUGCGGUCCUCCUCAGAAUAUGGGCACCGUGUGGUUCCCUCCUUCAACCAAACAAACCAGUCCUACGCACGUGUGGCAACAAUGAAAGCUGAGUUUUACAUGAAAGAUGGGAUCAUCUGGAGUUUGGAAGAAGGAUACGGAUCAGUGGUUCCUAGUUAAAAAGUCGACAUGCCGCAGCAGGAUUUGAAGGCUCUUCCUGUUGGAAGCUUUGCAUAAUAAACCAGCGUUACACUGCA